UUUUAACUAGGUUUACAAAUUUAGGAGAUGAAUGCUUGGGUUUCAGGACUCUGCCAGGCCUGUGGUCUAAGACCCUACCAGACCGAGGAGGAAGUAGAGGUUGUUGAUAGUAUGCUUCCUGGUGUCCCAUCAGAGAUAUCCACUACACAGAGUGUCUCAAAUAUGCUGGGACAGACCAGUCCCAGGGAGGAGGAGACCAGUCCCACUCUCGGGGACAUCAACGAGGAGAGGAAUAGAGGUUCUCAAGCUCAGAUAUCCGGUCCAUACAUGCAUCUUUCAGAAUGUUUUACCGGUGGAGGGCCUCCUGCAUCCCAUAUCAGAAGUUCUUCAACUCAUCAGCCUUCAAUACAUAGAAACCAAUCUCAGUCUACGUACAGGAGCGUGGAUUUGGGGAUAUCAACCCCUGAUCCUUCCUCAGUUUGCGGAGAUGACAGUGUUUUCCUUCCAAACUCUCCACAGGGGUUGAGGCCUAGUUUACAAUCUGAAGAUAUAUCCGACCAAAUUGCUACGUUAAAGGUUGGACGACCUCCACCCUCCCGGCCUCCGAAACCAUCCGGCCUCAGAAAUCCUCCUCUGUCCUCACAGGUUGCUGGAGAGAAUUAUGAGAACCUAGGAACUGCUCAGCAUAUACUCCAGCUAGCUGCUAACCAAAGAGAAAACAACAACAACAAUCCGGAUCCCUUAAAGAAUAUAAGUCUUCCACCCGCCCCAGUUCCCCCGCCGAAGAUAGAUCGGCGGUUGAAACCGUUUAAUCGGCCUGGUUCAGGGGAUAGUGCUACACUGCCUGCAGGUGGAAUGAUGAGCAGAAAGCCGUCUCAGUUUGAUACUCUCCCCUGUAUGGAAACUGGAUACGGAAUGCAUAUACCCUCAGCUCCAGGGUCAAAGUACGGGAAUAUAGAGCGGAGUCCUAGUAUAGAAUCUUUAUCCAUUCAGUCCAGGAGAAACUCAGAAGAAGAGACGAUUUAUUACUAUAUGCCCUCCCUCCAGCACAGUAAUAAUGACGGUAUGUGGGAUCCAUCGCAUCCGAUCAUGAUUCCGGCUCAGGACAUGCAUGGGCAUAGCGUAGAGUAUCUAGACCUUGAUCUACCCAGAGGGAAUCAAGAACCUUCAGACGAUGCUAAACAAACAAAGCAUGAGGACAGCUCAACUGUUUAUAAAACUGUAGAUUUUGUUAAAACUGAAGCGUUCAACAGAACUAAGAAAAACGUGGAACAGAAACGAUACAAUAUACAUCAGUGAAUCAUUCAAAACAUAAUUAAUUUACAUGUGACGCAGUGUACAGACGUUUCUAGCAUGUGACGCUGUUACGCUCAGUAUUAAACCUAAAAGCAAGACAAAGUUGACGCAUUUUUAUCAGUCCCCUGUUAUUCUUAAACCUCAAGAUUAUUUACAUUUAUACUUCUUUGUGGCGAAUACGCUUUUUUUAAACGUGGCUAACAUUUUCCUUCAAAUGAAGUUGAACAAAUUAUUUUUGGUUUAAUUAAUUGUUUAUCUCUGUACUGUACAUUAUACAUUAUACAGGCAUGUUGUAUAUUAAAAAGUCUUCCUGUUAUAUAUUUUUGUAAAUCUGUUAUUUAUCAAUUUUACAAACUUGUCUUUAACUUGAUUCGUAUAUUAAGAUUGUAAACCCUAAAUGUAAUAAAAAUUUCUAUAUCCCAA